CUUGGGGACUUUCCAGGUCAGACGGCUGUGAAAUUAUGGCGAAGUUCUUGGGUGCCACCUCUUUAGUGGCGUUAGCUCUGCUGGGCUGCCUAGUUGGGACAGAAGUGGAAGCUCAGGGAUCGUGGAUGCCAAGCUAUACGAAACCACCAUCUCAAACUCCUCAGAACAGUCAGGACCCUCAAGGAUACUCCCUACCACCUCCCGGGUCUCUACCAAACUAUCAGACACCGUACGUCAAUCCUCCACCAGCACGGAAACCACCACGCUAUCAGGAACCAAACCCCCCUCCUCCUCCUCCAUAUCCUCAAUCACAAAAGCCAAAGCCCCCAUAUCAUACUCAUAAAAAAAGUCCUCAACUUCCUAGCUAUGAUCAGGCUCCUCAGAGUCCACAGAUUCCUAAACAACAGCAACCUGUAACACCACCAACAAAACCACAGUAUCCUCCUCCCCCUCGGGACUGUGCGGUGGAUUUAAGUGUGAGAAUAACAUGUGGACUUCCUACCAUCACUGCUACUGAAUGUGAAGCCUUAAACUGCUGCUUUGAUGGCAACAAUUGCUACUUUGGAAAGGCAGUAACUGUCGGGUGCACCAAGGAUGGAUUUUUCGUUGUUGUAGCAGCCAAAGAUGCCACUCAACCCAACAUUGAUCUCGAGGCAAUUUCAUUAUUGGGAGACGGUCAAGGCUGCACACAUGUUGACUCUAAUUCACAAUUUGCUAUCUACCAAUUUCCUGUUACUGCCUGUGGCUCCCUCGUCACGGAGGAACCUGGUGUUAUCGUCUACGAGAACAGGCUAAUUUCCGCUUAUGAAGUGGGAGUUGGACCUCGUGGAGCCAUAACCAGAGACAGCCACUAUGAAGUGCUCUUCCAAUGUAGGUACAUCGGCACCUCUGUUGAAACUCUGACUGUAGACAUUCUACCACUGGGUAAUCUUCCUCUACCGGCUGCUGGUCAAGGACCCAUCAGUGUACAGUUGAGACUGGCCAAUGGGCAAUGCACCACAAAGGGUUGUAAUGAAGUGGAUGUGGCCUAUAACUCUUUCUAUACGGAGGCAGACUAUCCUGUGAGAAAAGUACUGAGGGAUCCUGUGUACGUGGAAGUUCAACUCCUCGGAAAGACAGACCCACUCCUUGUUCUGACUCUUGGUCGCUGCUGGGCAACCACGAGCCCCGAACCUCACAGCCUGCCCCAGUGGGACAUUCUGAUAGACGGGUAA